AUGGAUGUUCUACUUCUCAGACCGACUAUCUACUUUAUUAAUCUGAGACACUUAAUGCUGAUUGGUCACUCUACUGCAAGCACUGUACAUAAGCACGUUUGUCAGUGCCAGCACUCUGUUGCUGGACUGCUGGAGGUUGCAACGUGCUGGCACUUGGCUUUCAGCUUACCUGUGACUUCCGUGUUUCAUUCUGAAGGUGUAGAAGUCAGAGACAAGCUGAGCUGCGAGGAGGUUAUAGCCAGCAGUACUCUAAAAACUGCAGGGCAGAGAGGGACUGCAAGGCUGGAGGCUGUGGAUCAAAGAUCUCCAGGAGACAAUGACCUGGUGUUCAUUGGUGGGUCACAGUGGAGAGGGACGUGUGAGGAUUGUCAGAGGGCUGGCAUUCAGCCUAUGCAAGGAUCUGAUUUCUUGUUUGAUGAAAGUGCUAAGCUCCUUCUUCUGACCAUUGCUGGAAGUGUCCGCAUACAUGUAUGUUCACAGAAGAUCUUUGGAUCCUGCAGCAUGUUGGUGAUUGCUACGCAUCCCCUUCAAGAAGAGAGUUCUCAAUCAGAGGAAUCUACAAUGGUCAUCCUACUUUUUGAACAUAUGAGUCAGCUCUCCCAUUUAAUAAGAUCAGGCUGAUCUGAUUGUAACCUCAGCUCCUCAUUAGUAGCUUUUCACCCCUUGC